AUGGCAUUUUCACAACCUACAGAUGAAACCCAGACACCAGCAGUAUGCCAGCUAUGUGAAGAGUCCUCAGAUAUAAAAUGGAAAUGCAUAAACUGUGAUGUAUUCAUGUGUCAACUUUGUACAACAAAGAUUCAUACAAAACUUAAAUCAACAGAUCAACAUGAAUUAAUUAAUUUAAAAGACUUUGGAAGUGAAGAUGUUGCAAAGGCAAUACGAAAGGUGGAUCUUAGAACCAUGCCAUGUACAGAUCAUAGUGAUCAAAUAUGCUGUGCAUUCUGUACAGAUUGUGACCAACCAGUUUGCAUAGAUUGUUUGAUAGACUCCCAUAAAAAACAUGAGUAUACAAAACUCAAUGAAGUUUAUGAUACUGCUAUUUAUGAAAUGAAGGUAUUACAAAAUAAACUUGAAAGUUGUCUUCAGUUUUAUGGUAAUGAAAAGGAAAGACUUGAAAAACUACUACUAGAUGGUGAUAAAAAAUUUAAAGAAAUAAAAGAUCAAAUUCUGCUAACUGAGAAGGAAAUUAAAGAGACAGUAUCAAAAUAUGCCAAAGAACUGUUACAGGAACUUGAAUCAAAAUGGAAGCCUACCGAAAAUAAGAUCAAAACAGAACUCUCUGUCACAGACAAGACCAAAGAAGACUUAAAAGCAAGGGAAAACAGUUUGAAGAAAACCCUGCAGUCUCAUCAAGCUUCAGAAAUGUUUUCUUCAAGAAAAAGGCUGGACAAGACUUUGGCAAAACACUUUCAGGAAGAAAUUAAGUGUGACAUUCUUAAAACAAAAUUUCUUCCUGGAAACACAUAUGGAAAACAUAACACAAGAAGUUCAAUAUUUGGUGACCUAUGUGCAGUUCCAGAUUUCGAACUAGUCCAAAGCUAUCAAAGUGAUUUUUCAAAUGUGCUAGACAUACUUAACUUUGAUUGCAAUUUCACAUUAAUUACAUGCUAUAAUAAGAGUAAACUACAAAAAGUCAAAUUUGAAAAAAAUAAUAUCAAAGUGGAGAAAGACUUCAGUAUCGGAGUUAUUAAUAUGGCGAUAACAAAGAAUGAUGAAAUACUUUUGGCAACAGGGGAAAGUGAUAUAAAGGUGUAUUCCAAAGAUAAACAAUUCAAAUCAUACAAAUCUUUUUCUCCCUUAAAGGCAAUUAGUGUUUAUGUUUCCAAAAACAAUAAAAUAUUUGUUGGGUUGGCUGAAUGCUCUCCUGUCACAUAUCCAGCUACAGAAGACAGUGUAAGAAGAGUUGUUGUUCUUAAUCUGGACGGUGAUCUUCAGCAUACAUUCGAGUAUGGCAAAGACAGUCAAAGGUUGUUCACAGAGCCACGGAGAAUUAUAUCCUUGAAUGACAAUAUAUAUAUCAUUGAUAGGGUAAAUGAUCAGCGGGAAGGGAGGGUCAUAGUGACAGACUAUGGGGGACAACUCUUGUGGACUUAUAAAGGUUGUGAUAACAAUGUAAAUAAAGGUAAAUUUUAUCCUACUGACAUAACACCAACCUCUUUUGACAUGAUAUUAGUUUCAGAUCAAUUAAAUCAUGCUAUACAUGUAAUAAAUAUUGCUGGGGAGGUUAUUUUAUGUAAGGAUAUAAAAUCCUUAGGGAUUGAAUUACCUCUUUGUCUUAGUGUUGACAAAGAUGACACUUUGUGGAUUGGUUGUAAUAGAUGGGCAGAUGACAAAGACAGCAAAGCUAAGAUAUUUGCUGUUAAACUGGUUAAAUAA